AUGCCGCGCGAAGUAGAGCCCUCGCUCAACGAGCGCCAGUUCUUCGCCAAAGCACUCCAUGAGAAUAUACGGCUCGAUGGCCGGGCAUUCGACCAGUAUCGAGCUGUAGAGCUGGAAUUCGGGGAGGAGUUAGGCGUGGUGGAUUUGAGUCUGGGGAAGACGAGAAUACACACCCACAUCUCCGCGACCAUCACCCCGCCGCUGCCCACGCACCCGACAGACGGCCUCUUCACCAUCACCACCGAGCUCUCCCCCAUGCUCUCCCCCUCCAUCGAAUCCUCCUCGCGCCCCUCCGUCAACGAAACCUUGCUCUCGCGGCUCCUCGAGAAGACCAUCCGCCGCUCCAGCGCCCUCGACACCGAGUCCCUGUGCUUGAUCGCCGGAUCGAAGGUCUGGCAUAUACGCGCCGAUGUGCAUGUGCUGAGCCAUGAUGGGAAUCUGGUCGAUGCGGCUUGCCUGGGCGUUAUCGCGGCGCUGCAGCAUUUCAGAAAGCCGGACGUCGAGACGAAGGGGGAGGAGGUGAUCGUUUAUUCGACGAGGGAGAGGGAGCCUGUAAAGCUUUCGCUAUUGCAUUUCCCGUUAUGCGUAACGUUCAGCUUUUAUGGCGAGGGCAUCUUGGGCAAGGACGGGGAAGGCGAGAAAGAGAAAGUGCUGCUCGAUGCUGGCUUGUUGGAAGAGCAGCUGAGGGAGGGUAGUGUGACGGUGGGCAUGAAUCGGCACGGGGAGGUGUGUCAGAUUGCUAAGCUGGGAGGUGUACCUGUGCAUGCAUUGACGGUGCUGAGGUGUGUGGAGGUUGCAGGCCUGAAAGUGAAGGAGAUGAGCAGCUUCAUUGCGAGAAGGUUGCAGGAAGAUGCGAAGAGGAGAGAUAAGGGAGGUAUGGAGAAAGAGCUGAGGGCGGAGAAUGAUCGGGUGUCAUAA